AAAAAGACGCAAUCGAAGCUAAUCGAAAAGAAAUUUUGUGUUGGUGUUUCUAUGCUAAAAGAUUCAAAAGCAUGGUUAAAGAUUUUAUGAUCAAUGAUGGAAUUGAAUAUGCCAAUGAUUUAUCUGAAACUGAGGUAAGCGCUAUAUCUACUCUCUCUAUCCCAUUGUCCCAUACCUCUAAUUCGUUUGAUGUUAUAGGUGAGAAUGUCAAAUAUUUAUUGGAGACAGAGACCAAGGUAAGUACUUCAUCCGCAUCUCUACCUGAAACUAAGCUCCUAUCCACGUCUUUAGAAAAUUUUUCAAAAGCUGAGAUACAG